AUGAAUGAUCCCAUUCCCAAAGCCGUAGUGAGCGUUCAGGUCCAAGCUGAGAGAGUCUCUCGCUCUCCAUCACAAGGAAAUACAAACUCGAUCUUCCUCAUCGUCAAUACCAUUAAGGAUGAGAUCCUUAUAAACCCUGGCACUGGCCAUCGAACCGCAACGUCCACUCCGCUUUCCUAUAAAUCACUUCCCAUCAAUUACACUCUCCCUAGUUGUAGUCACCACCACAUCCAAUCGUUACUCCAUGAUCGACUCCAUAGAGACGACCAUUGGUUGUGCGAUCACUUAGUCCCAAAGAUCUCAAGUGCUAUCAGCUCAGGUUUUGUUGACUUGACCGUGAGCGUCGCGGUUACUUACAAGUACGUCCGUGUCGACGAGGCAGCAUUAAAGAUAUCGAGGAUGGUUCUACAAGGGUUCAUGAGCGUAGAGGAAACAAAGAGUUUGAACGCAGAGUCGUGUUCCAUUUGUCUCCAGAGUCUAGUCUCCAGUUCGAAAACAGCACCCACUCGCAUGAGUUGUUCCCAUGUCUUCCACAAUGGUUGUCUCGUGGAGUGGCUAAACCGCAAAAACACUUGCCCGAUGUUUCACAUGCAACUUAUAGACUCAUCAAUGUUUUCCUCAACAGACUACACAGCUUAUAUUGUAGAACAUUGCAAAAGACAUGACUUCUCCUCAAGUGGAAGUACACAUGUCCGUUCACGUUAUAUCAAUAUUUGUCGUUCUACUCACGGCCACAUCCGAAAGCUUCUCCACAAUCAAUUCCUAUCCACAAUCAGCAACCCUUGGCGUUCCUUGUGCGAUUUCUUAUCCCCAAAGAUCUCAACGGAGUUUAUCAACUUAGGUUUUGGACGCAACGGCUUUACCUUGACCAUGGACGCUAAAGUUACUUACCGGACCGUCUCCGUUACGUCAAACGACGAGAAAUCAUUGAGGACAAUUCUAGUCGGGAAAAUAAAAGCAGAGGAAUUGAAGAGUUUGAAGAUCGAAACAGAGCGGUGUUCCAUCUGUCUCGAGAGUCUAGUCUCCGGUCCGAAACCUAUCGGCUUAACACGAAUGCCAUGUUUCAUCUAUUGA